UUUAUGCCUAUUGUGAGUGAAGUAUUGACACGAAAAAAAGCAAAAUUUCAUUAUAUCGAAAAUGUUUCUAAAAUUUUGUUAUAAAUUUGAUAAAAAAUUCGGAUAGGACACGAAAGGGUGUUUCGGGGUGGGCGGAAAAAGUAAUGGCAGAGAAUAGAAGUUCGGACAACGUCGUUAUGCCGGACAUUACCGAAGUAUCCGAAUCCGAUCCCCUCGCGACGGCGGCCGAGCACGACAGCGAUCGUGCUGAUGGCGGUACUGUUUUGACCGCUGGAGUCAAGACGGCUAGGAUCACGACCGAUUCUAAUGGUGUUGUUACUGUGCCAGUGCCAUUUCCAGUGGGGACACUUAUUACCGGGACGACAUUCAACGUCAUAACAUCGGACCAGCUACAAAAUUUCAAACCGAUGCUAUGCGUCGACAACGGAUUCAUAUCAGGGGGACCGGUAUCGGAGGAUAUAAAGCCGACCCAUAUAGUUAUUCAGAAUCCACAGUCACCUCAGUCUGUACAGGACCCUAAGGAACAAAAUAGUACCACAACGAGCACGACAACGAAUUCCCCGGCGCCAACAAAAUCAAGCAACAGGUCUUGGACCGAGACAGCCAACAUGCCCAUAUUGCCUAUCAGAUGCAAAAAUACAUCUGCAGAGUUGCACAAGCAAAGGUUAGGUUCCGGGGGUCGAGGGAGGUGCAUCAAAUAUGGUAUGGAGUGGUACACUCCUAGUGAAUUUGAGGCGCUCUGUGGAAGAGCCUCAAGCAAAGACUGGAAGAGAUCUAUCAGGUUUGGAGGCAGAAGUAUACAGGCUCUCAUAGAUGAAGGUAUCUUGACUCCCCACGCCACCAGCUGCACCUGUGGAGCUUGUUGUGAUGACCAGACAGCAAUGGGUCCAGUUAGACUGUUCACUCCAUAUAAAAGAAAAAGAAGAAGCAAUCAAGAAGGUAGCGGUGAUGAUAAAAAACCAAAGAUGGAGCGUGACAACAGCCUAAUAGAAGUGGAAGUUGACAACUUGCACCAAUCCAGUAACAAUAGCAACUCCAAAGAAGCAUGGCAGGCAAUCACCGAAGACCUAGAGACUAAUAGCGAUUACCAUCUGCUGGCGAACCCGGAACCAGCCCCGGAUCCCACCGCCGGUCUUUCAGAUAUAAACAAAGUACUUAAACGGCUGGAGGACAUAGGGCAGAGUUUGAGUCGGUUGGCCACGGACCUGAAGCAGUGUCUGGAGGAUGUCAGGCUGGUCAGCUCGAGACAGCUCGAGAGGUACGAGCAAGAGAGGGCAUCAGCUAUCCUAGCUGCCAGCGUCGAUGCCCAAGUCGACGCGGAACAAGUGUCACUACAUAACGUUGAUGACACUGAUGCUAAAAAGUGUGCCAAUUGUAAUCGCGAGGCGUCGGCGGAGUGUUCCCUGUGUCGUCGCACCCCAUACUGCUCAACGUAUUGCCAGAAGAAGGAUUGGGCAUCACAUCAGAUAGAAUGUCUCCGAUCCGUACCCACCAUACACUCAGACGGCCAGCAGCAUCAGUCAAUCAUGCUGAUCGUUGAAAGCCAACAUCAAUAGUAUAUAGAAGGCGUUGAACAACAACGCUAUGAAAGGGUAGGUGUGAUAAAAGCCAACGAGUAUUUCAAAGGAAAGAAUGCAAGAAACGCCGAGGCACCAGAAUAAACAUUUUGAAGUGAUUACCAGAAAGAACAAUAGUUUAAUUAUAAGGGUUUAUUUGUCUCAAUGGUGAU